AUGCGAAAACGCACUGUUCAUCAAAGCAGACAAGGCGACAUUCUUGUUCCGCCUUUUCCAUUAGCUCUACCACUCAAAGAAUUGAUGGCGUCUAACACUACAAAUCCGUUUUUUCUUUAUCGAAGACAUUAUCUUGCUAAAACCAAAGACGCAAAGUCGGUAGGAGUAAAAAAGGCGCCUCAGAAGUGGCGCAGGGAGAGUAUACAAGUAAGGCAGUUCUUUAUCGCAUUGGCCGACGCAUGCAAAUCUAGACGGAAGAAGGAAGAGAGCGAAGAGGAUGAUGACGGAUUGGCACAGUCAUUGCGACAAAUAUUUGGAAUUACUUCGCCUUUGUCAGCUCCAUUCAUCGCUGACGCCGAUACCAAUCAUGUUACUUCACUAUACAAUCUUCCGUUUUAUCCGUUACGAUAA